GGCAAAAAAUGCAAAUCUCAGAAAUCAGCCGGCUAACAUGCAUAAAACAUCUCAGCUAUUAAAAUUAACUUUAAUUAAGAUUGUGAUUAGCUAACUUUGGAAUUGUCAUCACAAAUGACCACAACUAGUGGUUUUAAGUGGGCCUUGAAAACAUUCGCCUUUGGAAUCCCGGUCGGAGUGACCUUUAUCGACGUGUUUGGUUAUGUGGCCAAGGUCGAAGGUCACUCUAUGCAACCACUCUUAAACCCUGACCACCACCACUACAACUCGAAAAGGAAAUGCGAUUAUGUUUUCCUUUACAAUUGGCCCAUAAUUACAAAUUCUUUCGAUAGCAUUGAAAAAGGGGAAGUUAUCGCCCUCGUGUCACCGAGAGAUCCGAAACAACGCUUGAUCAAGAGGGUGGUAGGAUUGGGGGGUGACAUCGUUGAGACGAAAGGCUACUUUAAGAAGCGAAUCGAAAUCCCACCCGGCCAUUGCUGGGUUGAGGGGGACAAUCACGGCCAUUCCCUUGAUUCCAACGUCUUCGGACCUGUUGCAUUAGGAUUGAUAAAAUCCAAAGCCACCUGCAUCGUGUGGCCGCCGAAACGGAUGGGAUUCCUUAAACCGACGGAAGUAUAGCCCUAGUCAAUUACCUUAAAUUUAUUUAGUUCUGACAAUAACAAACGAAAGUAUAGUUGUUUAAAUUCCGAAAAUGAGAACACUCUCCCUCGUAGACUGUUUAG